AUGGGAACUUUCAUAACCAUAGACAUAGAGGCAUCUCCCCUCGGACAACAUGACAAUAACUGCAUUGAAGUUGCUUGUUGUGUAGUAUUUGCUGCUCGUUCUAGGUGGGGAUUACCUUUUGGGAUGAAUCCUCCAAAUCCAAGAACAGUCCAUCGUCGUUAUGCUAUAAUGCCGGUGGUUCUCGAUGAAGAUCUUGUCAUGGAAAAAUCAAAUCACAUGUGGAAACAAGAUGCAAUGAUUGAAGAAAUUAUUAAAAAGAUAAAAGAUAUAUUGGGUAAUAAAUUUUCUUGUCUUCCAAAAGAUAAUCUAGUUGGAAUGGAAUCUCGUGUUGAAACAUUAUCAAGGAUAUUGUGUUUAGAAUUGGUUAACGAUGUUCGAGUUGUCGGAAUUAGUGGAAUGGGUGGGAUAGGAAAGACAACUCUUGCUCAUUCUUUAUAUGAAAGAAUCUCUGAGCAAUAUAAUUUUUGUUGUUUUAUUGAUGUAAGCAACAUUUAUCAAGCUUAUGGUACUAUAGGUGUACAAAAGCAAUUGCUUUCUCAAUGUCUUAAAGAAAAGAAUCUUGAGAUUUCCAAUGCUUCUGAGGGAACGUGUUUAGUAUGGGAAAGGUUAUUAGGUGCAAGGGCUCUUAUUAUUCUUGAUAAUGUUGAUCAAGAUAGGCAACUAAAUAUGUUUACAGGGAAUAGGGAGACUUUAUUACGUGAAUGCCUAGGUAGGGGGAGUAGAAUUAUCAUAAUUUCUAGGGAUAAUCUUAUAUUGAGGAAACAUGGAGUAGAUGAUGUUUAUCAAGUCCAGCCACUGAAUCACGAAGAUGCUAUUCAGUUGUUUUACAAAUAUGCUUUCAAAGGUAAUCAUAUUAUGAGUGGUUAUGAGGAGUUGACAUAUGAUAUACUAUUACAUGUUCAAGGCCAUCCUUUGGCAAUUGAAAUAUUGGGCUCAUCUUUAUGUAAUAGAAAUAUCCCAGAAUGGAGAAGUGUAUUGGCUAGGCUAAAAGAAAUUAAAAGUGAAAAAAUUAUGAAUGUCCUACGAAUAAGUUUUGAUGACUUGGAUAACCUUGAAAAGGAGCUAUUUUUAGAUAUUGCUUGCUUCUUCAAUUUUUCUAUCAAGAAAGAAGUGAUGGAGAUUCUAAAUCAACGUGGUUUUCAUCCUGAAUGUGGUCUACAAGUUCUUGCUAGCAAAUCGCUCAUAACCAUUGAUGAGUAUGAGGGUAUUCAUAUGCACAGCUUGUUGGUAGACUUGGGAAAGUGUAUUGUUCGAGAAAAAUUCCCUAAAGAGCCAAGAAAGUGGAGUAGGUUGUGGGAUUAUCAAGAUUUGCACAAAGUUAUGUCAGACAAUAUGGAAUCUGAAAAUAUUGAGGCCAUAGUUUCAUACCCUGAUUUUUUGGAUGAAAUAACAAUACGUGUUGAUGCUCUAUCAAAAAUGAGACAUCUUAAGUUGCUCAUGCUUCAUACUCUGAAUUUUUGGGGAAGCCUCAAUCAUCUGUCCAAUGAGUUAGUACAUCUUGAAUGGAAAAAAUAUCCUUUUAAGAGUUUGCCUCAAAGCUUUCAACCAGAGAACCUUGUUGAGUUGUCUCUAUGUGAGAGCAACAUGAAACAACUGUGGAAAAAGAGAAAGCCUCUACCCAAAUUACAACGUUUGGAUCUCUCCUAUUCCAAAAACGUAAUGAAGAUACCAGAUCUUGGAGAUGCUCUAGAUCUUAGGUGUCUAAUUUUGAGAGGAUGUAAAAAACUCAGGCAGCUUCAUCCAUCCAUUGGUCUUCUAAGAGAGCUGACUCUUUUGGAUUUGGAAGAAUGUACAAGUCUUAUCAAGUUACCACAUUUCAAAGAGAACCUAAGUCUUGAAACUCUAAAUCUUCGAGGAUGUAUAAAACUGAAGGAGAUCAAGCCAUCUAUUGGUCAUCUACAAAAGCUUACGUUUUUAGAUUUGCGUGAGUGUGAAAAUCUAGUAAGCUUAUCCAGCAACAUAUUGCGUCUAAAUUCUCUAGAAUACCUGAAUCAUUCCUGGUGUCCAAAAUUAUUUAGUCUUAAAGCAAGAGAUGAAGAGAAAAUGAUGAAGCCUUGUAUAGGUGAAUCUCCUAUUUGUUCCCACUCAAAAUCGUCCAUCGUGAAAAGGUGGUUUCAUCCUAGAGCAAAUAAAGAUUCAGUUAGCUGCAUGUUGCCUUCCUCGCCUACUCUUACUCAUAUGCGUGAACUUUAUCUGAAGUCAUGCAAUUUAGUUCAAAUCCCUGAUGUUAUUGGAAGUUUAUGUUUCUUAGAAAUUCUAAAUUUAAUGGGAAAUGAUUUUGCCACACUUCCGAGCCUCAAGGAGCUUUCGAAACUGUACAAUUUAAAUUUAAGGGAUUGUAGGCGGUUGGAAAAUUUGCCUGAGCUCCCUUCACAAACUGACUUAAAUAACAACUUCAAGAAAGCAGGAUUAAAUAUUUAUUGUUGUCCAAAAUUGGUUGAGUUGAAAUGCUGCCGUAGCAAGGCUCUUUCAUGGACGAUACAAAUUCUUAAGGUGUGUUCACUAUUUCCUUUCUCUCUUUUUCUUUGUCUUAUUAUUGGAGGAAGUGAAAUACCUGGUUGGUUCAACAAUCAGCACGUAGGCAUGGGUAAAUUCAUAACCUUAGAUGAAGCACCCCUUAUGCAGCAUGACAAUGGUUGUAUUGCUCUUGCUUGUUGUGUAGUAUUUGCACAUUCUUCUGGAAGAAUGCCUCCUCCCAAAACAGAAUUUAUUUGUGGUUAUACUGCUGUGAUUCCGUUGGUUUCGGGUGAAGAACGUCAAGUCACGGAAGAUCACUUGUGGUUGUUCUAUUAUUCUAAUCCACCACGGGAUAUCACAGACAGGAAAUUGGAAAUUCAAAUAACGAGCUAUUGGCCUAUUGAGGUGAAAAAAUAUGGGUAUCGUUGGGUAUAUGAGAAGGACAACUUUUUGGCAAUUGAAGAAAACAUGUAGCAACUUCAUUUCAGCUACGCUUUCACAUAUAGAAGGAUUGGUGGCAUAAUUGAAUAUGGUUGCAUAGCAGAAUUCAAAUUCACAAUGACUUUAGGGAUAUAUUGUCCAACCCUCUCUUUGCAAGCUGCACAAAUGUUAAAGGUGGCAAUUAAUAUUUUCAUACAAGUGGUCGUUCACACAACUUGAGACAAAUAUCAACAGAAUGGAGAAAGGGUGCUUCCAAAUCCUCAUGGAAAAACACAGUCAAGUUUUUGUUUAAUCAGUUUCCACAUCCUGCAUCUAUAGGAUCCUUCUAUUGAAGGAAGUGACAUUGGCCAACACCCACCUGUUGCAACUUUUUGAAAACCGGAUUAAAGACCGAAACAAGAAGACCAUGUUUGUUUGAUUCAAUCUGUUAAAUUUAUGAUUAAAUUGUAAUUAGGCUUUAGUCAAAUUGGAUACGUAGCUUGUUCAUGGGCCAACCAUAUUUUAUCUUGAUUACUAUAUUGAUGGAGUUGCUCCUUUACAAAAUGUAA